AUGACAACUGCUAAGGAGAUUUACAUUGGAGUUGGUAUAUUUGCUGCAGUGCUACUCAGUAUUUUGGUUGUCAUGAUUGUCAAAAGGUAUUUAUACAUGAGAAAUAAGCUGCAGCAACAAAGAGUCGUUCCAUUUAAUGUCACUAAAAUCGGAGCUUUACGAAGUGCAGUUGAAGAGCAUGUCCGAGCAGAAGACAAUGUCUAUAUUAUUGAAGCAAAUCUUUACAUCGUGGAUUAA